AUGGCAGAGAAGGAAGAAUUCACCGGCGUCCAUAUGGACGAGGACGUUGAAGCGACCAAGGAGGUAUGCAAUGCAACACUCAAAAUCUUUGCCAAGGCCUUGGUGCGGAAGCAAGACUUGAGAAUCAUUCCAAUCACAGCAGGAAUCUAUCUUCUGUGCUACCUUGACCGAUCAAACAUUGGAAAUGCAAAGGUCUUGAACGCAUCAACAGGCAAUGAUCUCUUGACCGAGACCCACAUGAGCACUUACCAGUACACAAUUGCGCUCAUGGUCUUUCUCAUCGCGUAUGCGAUUUUUGAAGUUCCGUCCAACUAUUUCCUCAAGAAGCUGAAACCUAGCCGCUGGAUUGCCUUUCUCAUGUUUUCCUGGGGUGCCAUCACGAUGGGCAUUGCUGGAACACAGAACCACGCGUCAGUGACAGUAGUGCGAUUCCUCUUAGGUGUUUUCGAAGCAGGUCUAUUCCCCGGUUUGGUCUACUACUUGACGUUUUGGUACCGCGUAGAAGAACGAUCCAUUCGAGUUGCUGCCAUUCUGGCAUCUGCCACCCUGGCUGGCGCCUUUGGUGGAGCAAUUGCCUUUGCUGUCGGCCAUAUGAACCAAGUGAGAGGCAUUUCUGCCUGGCGGUGGCUCUUCAUCAUCGAGGGAGCGCCAUCUGUUGCUUCUUCCUUCUUAGUCUGGUUCUUACUUCCAGAUUAUCCCGAGACAGUAUCAUGGCUCUCGACCGAGGAGAAGGACUUUGCGGCGUUGCGGCUCUCCGAUCAGGGCUCUCAUGGGUCUGGGAAACCUCUAACCUGGGCGGAAGCCAAAUCUACAUUGUUGGAAUGGAGGCUCUGGGCUCACUACUUUAUCUACUUUGGCAUUUCUACCCCGUUCUCCAGCCUGUCUCUCUUCACGCCGUCCAUUGUUGCUGGACUUGGAUUUACCGAUCUCAAGGCCCAGCUCAUGACUGUGCCACCCUACGCGGCAGCUUACGUUGUGACCUUACUGGCUUCAUGGUCUGGAGACCACUUCAACAAACGUGCUUUGCAUUCGGCCGCAUUUUCCCUUAUUGGAGCUAUAGGUUUCAUUGCUUCGGCUACACUUCCAGCCGAUCAUUUUGCAUCUCGCUAUGGUUGCCUUAUUAUCGCGGCCUGCGGUUCAUUUGCCUGCAUUCCCCCAUUGCUGGGCUGGCUGUCCUCAAAUCUGUAUUCAACUGCUGCAAUUGGUCUGGCUAUUGCGCUCAACAUUUCCAUGGGAGCGCCGGGUCAGAUCGUCGGCGUGUGGAUAUACAAAGCCGAUGAGGCGAAGAAAGGGUAUCCCACCGGGCACUGGACUAACGCCGGCCUGCUACUAUUUGUUUCGGCUUCUUGUGUCGGAAUGCACUGCUAUUAUGUGUGGCGCAACCGGAACGGCGGAGCAGGGAACGGCGUCUUCUUCAAGUAUUAG